AUGGGCCCAGCCGACUCUCCAUACACAAACGGAGUUUUCUUCCUUUCUAUUCAUUUCCCCACUGAUUAUCCAUUCAAGCCACCAAAGGUAAACUUCACCACCCGUAUUUAUCACCCUAAUAUUAACUCGAACGGAAGCAUUUGUCUGGAUAUUCUUAAAGACCAGUGGUCUCCUGCUUUGACCAUUUCAAAGGUAUUAUUAUCGAUCUGUUCCAUGUUGACUGAUCCUAAUCCCGAUGAUCCACUUGUACCAGAAAUUGCCCAUGUCUACAAGUCGGAUCGUGCUAGAUACGAGGCCACUGCUCGUGAGUGGACUAGAAAGUACGCGGUCUGA